AUGGCCAGUGGAGUGUACGACUUGAAAGAUACGGACUUACUGUCAAUACUCAUGCAUAUGAUGCAAGAAGCGGCGGAGAUGUCUAUAAUGAGUCGGAGGAGGCACUGCAACGCGGUUCGCUCGACACUAAGCAUCUAUCACCUUCAAGAGCCCACCGUGAGUUUCAACCGCAUCCUGGUGAAGACGAUCGAUUCAUUCCAGGGCGGCAAGGCCGCGGUUGUAAUUUUUGACACAACUACCACUGACAGACCCGGCUUUCUCAAGCAGCGUGGUCGUCUGAACAUGAAGCUCAGCCAGGCACGAGCGGCAAUAUAUGUCAUCAUAAAUAUGAAGCGGAACAAAGCGAAGCAGGAGCAGUGCAGUGUUUAUACCUCUGCGAGGAUAGGCCAUGUCACCGUAGAAGAGGCCGACGCAUGCACAACUGACCCUGCGAUCUUCUUGGGUGUGAGCAAUGCUAUGGCCUCGUCACUCGCCGCCGAUACCCGCCGCGCCAUUCAAAUGCAGCCUAAACACUCCAGAAAGUCAAAUCGGUCAUCCUGCGAGAGUUCAGGUCCCGAGUGA